AUGCCCUCGCUUUGCUCGCUGCCUAUGCCACCACUGAUCGCGCGGCCAGCGUUUCGCGGCAGAACAAUAAAACCCAGCGGUAUAGUACAUGCUGCGGUGAUGUUAAGGACGAGGAGUUGCUCCUCGUCUUCGUUGUAUCGUCCGCUGAUCCACCGUGCAACGUCGACUUCUCAUUCGCAUGCUGCUACGGGGGCGCAACGUUCUAGUUUCGCCACGGGAAGAGCAUGUCCAUGGUCCAACAGCAGCAGCUGCAGAACCUCAUUGUCAGCCUCAUCUUCGUCCCCGCUUUUUUCUUCAACUCGCCCGUUCUCCAGAACAACUACAACAUCAAAGCUCCUCCAACCCGACUUGGAAACCAUCGCAGACGCUUUGUCCGCCCAACUCCCCAAAGAGGACCCGCGCAGCCUCCGUCCCUCCGCGAUCCAGCGCUUUGUCCAGCACGUUUCGCCGGGUAGUAAGGGGUUGACGGAAACGGAGUUGAAAACUAUCCAAAAACUCUGGGCAAAAGCGUUCGACGCGAGGAUGUUUGAGGAGGUGGAAGACUUGAUGGCCGACGCGGGCGAAAUGAGCGACGGGGAAUUGCCGUCGAGAACGACACAAAAUCUGAAGGAGAGCGGCUUUGCGGAAAACACUGAUGCAUAUACGGACGAAGAUGUUGAUGCGGCUGCGAGUGGAGUUGUAGACAGUACAAACACCACAGUCAGAAACGAAAAGAAAACCACAUGAAUGAAAGCAGUAGUGGGCUGCUGGUUUUUUAGUCUUCCUCUUGUAGUGGUAGUGCCUCUACCACAUUCGAUUCU